AUGGGACACCCAGGCAUGCCCCAUUACCCGCCCAUGGGAAUGCACCCUAUGGGUCAGCGCCCACCAAACAUGCCGCCCGUUCCGCAUGGUAUGAUGCCUCAGAUGAUGCCCCCCAUGGGAGGACCCCCAAUGGGGCAGAUGCCUGGAAUGAUGCAGUCAGUAAUGCCUGGAAUGAUGAUGUCUCACAUGUCCCAGGCUGCUAUGCAGCCCACAGUUCCGCCAGGGGUGAACAGUAUGGACGCACAAGUAGGUGUAACACCUCCUGGAACUCAGACAACGCAUCCCGUAGUUUGUGCAGCCCAGCAAACUGCCACAACCAACAGCUCUGUUAACGAAGAGCACUCUAAACAGAAAUCCACAUGGACAGAGCACAAAUCGCCUGAUGGAAGAACGUAUUACUAUAAUACUGAAACAAAGCAGUCUACAUGGGAGAAGCCAGAUGAUCUCAAAACACCUGCUGAGCAACUGUUGUCUAAAUGUCCCUGGAAAGAGUACAAGUCUGAUUCUGGAAAGCCCUACUAUUAUAACUCCCAGACAAAGGAAUCGCGCUGGGCAAAACCCAAGGAGCUAGAGGAUCUUGAAGCAAUGAUCAAAGCUGAAGAAAACAGCACAAAACCUGAAGAAUCAACUGCAGCCGCAUCUACUCCAGCUGCUGCAGCAGAAGCAACAAACACAACCACCACAGCCGCAGCCGCCGACACCGCCGCAGCCGUGACCACCACCGCUGCAGCCGAAGCAGAAUCUGCUGCGGCUGCUGCUGCGGCCGAAAAUGAGAGCAGCGGCACGGCCGCAGCCGAGGAGCAGGGACAGGCCACGUCUGCAGCCGCUGCACAGGAACAGGGUGGGGAGUCUGCAGCGAGCGUGGCAGACGACUCCUCCAAGCAGGACGGCUCAGCAGAUGCUGCUAAGAAAGAGGAUGAUGAUGCCCAGCCGGCUAAGAAAACCUAUACGUGGAAUACAAAGGAAGAAGCAAAGCAAGCAUUUAAAGAACUGUUAAAAGAAAAGCGAGUGCCAUCUAAUGCUUCCUGGGAGCAAGCAAUGAAAAUGAUCAUUAAUGAUCCUAGAUACAGUGCUUUGGCAAAACUAAGUGAGAAAAAGCAAGCCUUUAAUGCUUACAAAGUCCAGACAGAAAAAGAGGAGAAAGAAGAAGCAAGAUCCAAGUACAAAGAAGCUAAAGAGUCCUUCCAGCGCUUUCUUGAAAACCAUGAAAAGAUGACAUCCACAACGAGAUACAAAAAAGCUGAACAAAUGUUUGGGGAGAUGGAAGUCUGGAAUGCGAUAUCUGAGCGUGAUCGUCUGGAAAUCUAUGAAGAUGUCUUGUUUUUCCUGUCCAAGAAAGAGAAGGAACAAGCCAAACAGCUACGAAAGAGGAACUGGGAAGCUUUAAAGAACAUACUGGAUAACAUGGCUAACGUCACCUACUGCACUACUUGGUCGGAGGCUCAGCAGUAUCUGAUGGACAAUCCCACGUUUGCAGAAGACGAGGAGCUUCAGAACAUGGAUAAGGAGGAUGCGCUGAUCUGUUUUGAGGAACACAUCAGGGCGUUGGAAAAAGAGGAGGAAGAAGAAAAACAGAAGAGUUUGCUUAGAGAAAGAAGGCGGCAGCGUAAAAACAGAGAAUCUUUCCAGCUGUUUCUAGAUGAACUUCACGAGCAUGGGCAGUUACAUUCGAUGUCCUCUUGGAUGGAGCUGUACCCAACCAUAAGCUCUGACAUCAGGUUCACUAACAUGCUUGGUCAGCCUGGAUCAACAGCACUUGAUCUUUUCAAGUUCUAUGUUGAAGACUUGAAAGCGCGAUACCACGAUGAGAAGAAGAUCAUAAAAGAUAUCUUAAAGGAUAAAGGAUUUCUGGUAGAAGUGAACACUUCUUUUGAAGACUUUGUUACGGUCAUCAGCUCAACUAAAAGAGCAACUACUUUAGAUGCAGGGAAUAUCAAGCUGGCUUUCAACAGUCUGCUGGAAAAGGCAGAAGCCCGUGAACGGGAGCGGGAAAAGGAGGAAGCUCGCAAGAUGAAGCGGAAAGAGUCGGCCUUCAAGAGCAUGCUGAAGCAGGCCACCCCUCCCAUCGAGCUGGACGCCGUCUGGGAAGAUAUCAGAGAGAGAUUUGUGAAGGAGCCAGCGUUUGAAGACAUCACUCUGGAGUCCGAAAGGAAAAGAAUAUUUAAAGACUUCAUGCAUGUACUAGAGCACGAGUGCCAGCAUCACCAUUCAAAGAACAAGAAACACUCGAAAAAGUCUAAAAAACACCACAGGAAGCGGUCGCGGUCCCGUUCGGGCUCCGAGUCUGAGGACGACGACAGCCACUCAAAGAAGAAGAGGCAGCGUUCAGAGUCCAGAUCGGUCUCCGAGCGCUCUUCCAGUGCAGAAUCCGAGAGGAGUUACAAGAAGUCAAAAAAGCACAAGAAGAAGAGCAAGAAGAGAAGACACAAGUCUGAUUCACCAGAAUCGGACAUCGAACGAGAAAAAGACAAAAAAGAAAGAGACAGCGAAAAGGAUAGAGCAAGGCAGAGGUCGGAAUCAAAGCAUAAAUCUCCUACUAAGAAACGGCCUGGAAAAGAUUCGGGGAACUGGGACACGUCAGGCAGCGAGCUGAGCGAGGGGGAGCUGGAGAAGCAGCGGAGGACGCUGUUGGAGCAACUGGACGAAGAUCAAUGAGAGCGUUAUUUAUACCAAAUAUGUUUACAUUGCGGCAUAAUAAAAGAAUCCAAUGUCUAAUGCAGGA